AAUUUAUUUAUUUAAAAAGUAUUUUCUAGAUUAUAGAGAUUUUAAAGUAAAAGAAAAAUAGUACAAAUCUAACGUAAGAUAGCCAAUGUUUAUUUUUAGCUAGGGGAAUCCUGUUCGUCAUUUCCGGGUGAAUGCAGUGGAAGUCUUUGUUGAUAAAGUGGUUUAUGGUUGAUUCAGCCACUGCACUGGCGAUUGUUGAUCCAGCUAUUUCUGUUGUCAAGCGAGUCUGUUUAGAAGCAGCAUAACAAGUGUCGUUCAAUUUCUCUCAGCCUGAAGGUGUUAAAAGUAGGAGUGCUCAUUCAACAGCAAUCAUGUCUGGUGAUGUGAAUAGACAAUUAAGCCACAUGUCAGAGGCGUCAUCCUGCUACAGCGAUGGGAACUCCUCAGAGGACAUGGAUGAGGACAUAGACCAAUACUACAUGGACACUACAGAUGACCUUGACCUAGAUUGUCCCAGCAAGACAGAUGAUCCAGAAUACUUUGAAUAUGAACCUCUUCAGGUGAUGGAUGCUGAGAGGCUCUUGAAUGAGGAAAUUGAAGCUCUGUGUACAAAAUUGAAGGUUAGCCCGUCCAUGGCAAAAAUGCUGUUGCUCCGUCACAACUGGCAGAAAGAAGAGAUAAUUGAAAACUAUCAGAAAGAUCCUUCAGGUUUCCUGAUUGAUAGCCACCUGACAAGUCGAAGGAAACAUGAUAAUCUGAUUGGACCUCGGCCUAUGUGCUCCGUGUGUUGUGUGAACUAUCCUAGGGACAGAUUUCACGGGGUCACAUGUGGUCACAUGUUUUGUCAGGAUUGCUGGGACAUGCAUUUUCAGACACAGAUUCAAGAUGGAAUCACUACAGCUAUUGAGUGUAUGGCCAAAGAAUGCCCGGUCCUGGUCACAGAAGACUUUGUGUGUGAAGUCCUGACCCAGCCCAAACUGAGAGACAAAUAUUCCAAGUUCUCAUUCAAUGAUCUCAUCAAGUCCCACCCAAAGCUCAGGUUCUGCCCCGGAGUUGACUGUGCUGUCAUUAUCAAAGCCAAGGAAUCAAAAGCCAAGAAGGUGGAGUGCCAGACUUGUAAAGCCUCCUUUUGUUUUCGCUGUGGCAUUUCCUACCAUGCCCCCACCGAGUGUGAUGUAAUCAAGCGAUGGCUCACCAAGUGUGAAGAUGACUCUGAGACUGCCAAUUACAUUAGUGCCCAUACCAAGGAUUGUCCCCGGUGCCAUGUGUGUAUUGAGAAAAAUGGAGGAUGCAAUCAUAUGCAAUGUCCUGAAUGCAAAUAUGACUUCUGUUGGAUGUGUUUAGGAGAUUGGAAGUCUCAUGGUAGUGAGUAUUAUGAAUGCAGUCGCUACAAAGAGAACCCCAACAUUGCCAACGAAUCUGUGCAUGUUCAAGCCAGAGAAGCCUUAAAGAAAUACCUCUUCUAUUAUGAACGGUGGGAAAACCACGCAAAGAGCUUGCAACUGGAGGAAACGACCACGUCCAAGAUCACGACUCGGACUCAGGAGAAAGUGAUGAACAAUCAGGGCACCUGGAUUGACUGGCAGUAUCUUCUCCGGGCAGCAGCUCUGCUGAAAAAGUGUCGAUACACAUUACAGUACACAUAUCCCUAUGCCUACUACAUGGACAAAGGUUCAAGGAAAGUUUUGUUUGAAUAUCAGCAAGCUCAGUUGGAGGCAGAAGUUGAGAAUUUAUCCUGGAAGGUGGAAAGAGCGGAGAUCACUGAUAGAGGGGAUUUGGAGAAUCAAAUGGAUGUAGCUGAGAAGCGACGGCAGACUUUGCUGAAAGACUUUUUAGAAGUGUGAGAUCUAGGAGAAUGUUGACUUAGGACUCUGGCAUGUUUUCUGUGCUGAAUGCAUCAAGACUGACUGAAAUGUCUGCUAUUAAAAUAUAAAAUGUGUAUUUUGUCAAGAGAGGAUCUGAGCUAUUGAGCUCAUACUUCUAUUUUUGUCUGAAUUCUAGUCAAAAAGAGGCACAUGUUACUCAUGUUGCUAAAAACUAACUGAAGUGGCUGUAAGAAGACAAACUUCUGAUUUGUUAGCUGCUAAUGCAGGGUAUGGGUAUUUUCAAAUGCUAAAAAAAAUAUUGUCCACCGCCAUUUUUCUUUUGGAGAAUUAUUUUUCAUCUACCUUUUCCUUGAUAUGUGCCUCAUUUUUACUGGCUACAGAACAUGUGUUUCACUAGAUUUAGAUUGGUAUUGUUCAACAGGUGUUAAAAAGAACAAGCUCUAUUGGUCUUCUUUCCUCUUCGGUUGUUACAGCUCUGUAUCCAAAAUGUUUGAUAAAGUGUAAUAGUCCAUCUCUGUAUAUUUGAUGCAAGAUCAAUCUUCUUGUUUGUUCAUCUAUGUCUGUUUGAAAAUCAACAUGCUUUUUGGUCAAAUAUUACGAAGCAGUCUUGAAACAUAAUAAUGGAAUGUUGUUUAUCUAUAGACAGUUGUCUUACUGAGUUGCUACCAAGAGUUUGAAAAAUCCGAUUGGCCGUAAUUACCUGUGGUUCAUAUAAUCUCCUGAUUCAAAAUAUAUAUUAUUUAUUCUUAUUUGUUGGACUAGCAGCAUCUUUUUAUUGUCCUUUUAAUCAUUCGUGCUAUUUUAAAAAUAUUUUUCUUCUUCUUUUUUUUUUUUUUUUUAGUGAAAGACUAGGAUAAAAAGCAGAGGCUUGACAUCUCAGUUGACUUUAUACCAACUAUGAAGUAAUAAUCUUUUUAAGCAUUGUUUUUGUCGAGUUAUAAAGCACAUUCACUCAAGGCUAGCAAACCAUUGGUGGAAAUCCUUUUUCAUUGGUUAGAAUAUAUGUGUGCAAUCCUGGAGAAAGGUACAACUAGAUGCAUUUGCUCGAACUGAGUUACAGGGCAAUGAAAGUCGAAAACUGAUUUUGUACAAAAAUUGAGUUCCAUUUCAAAAAUGAUUUUCAGUCAUUCAUCUACUGAUAUUUAUAUGAAUUUGGGUUUAUUUUAUGCUAAAAAUGUAUUUGCUCGGAUGUCUUUUGACACAAGUCAUCUUAGGUAAUAAGAAAAAUUUCAUGUGAACAUUUGCUUUCAGAGCCUACUUUGCAGAAGGUUUCUACAACCCUUUUUUGAAAACAAACCCCUAUCACACUGCAUACCAAAUAUUUUAGGUCAGCUGGUAACUUUUCUCGAGCUGUAAAUUUUGCUUGAAUGUAUCAAAACAGUAAAGGAUGGGAGGUUCUGAGCGUUCAUACCGUAUUACAAUUCAUGAGCAAAGCAAAGCCACUCUUUGAAUAAUUUAGCAUUGUCAUUGACAACGAUUUCUAUGACUUAUUCAAUUAAAACCAAUCCCUUCAUGCUACAUACAUAUACAGUGGAAUCCUGUUAUAACGAGAGGGAGGGGACCGGUGCCAAAUGUCCGAUAUAGCAGAAUUCUCGUUAUACGGGAUCCAGUAACAAA